CUACACUAUGCAAACUGUAAACGUGCGCUCUCCUGUGUGGGUUGUCCGAACGCGUAAGAGCGUCUUCAACAUUCAGGGUCACAGGAAGGCCCUCGCGCCUCGAAGACCUUCUCAAUGUGCGGACGAUAUGCGUUAGGCAUUCGUGCCUCGUUUGUUCGAUAUCAGUUGGAGCAACAGGGUCUGCCCGUCGACGAUGCACCUGCGGAUGAAGAAGCUCGCGAAACAUACAACUUCCCUCCCGGUGCCUAUGGCCUCGUAUACCGAGCAGAGGUGCCCGAUAAUGGGGUCGUAGAGGCAGAAGAGCCCGAUGCGAGCGGCGACCGCGACCGCCCUCAGACUCAAGACGAUCAAGAACGUGAACCAGAGGAACAUACUGAUAGCCAGCCUCCAUCGAGCCCAUCGAAGCCAUACAAAUAUGAGAUCAAAGUGAUGAAGUGGGGCCUGAUUCCCUUCUGGACCAAACGAGCGCCCGACUACGGCUCCAUGAUGCGCACCAUUAAUUGUCGCGACGAUUCCUUGAUCGAGAAUAAAGGCAUGUGGAACACCAUGAAGCAGAAGAAGCGUUGCUUGGUCGUCGCACAGGGCUUCUACGAAUGGCUCAAGAAGGGUCCCGGCGGUAAAGAAAAGGUCCCCUACUUUGUCAAGCGAAAGGAUGGCAACUUGAUGUGCUUCGCUGGCCUUUGGGACUGUGUCAAAUAUGAAGAUUCGGGGGAGAAGCUCUACACCUACACCAUCAUCACCACAGACUCGAAUAAGCAGCUGAACUUUCUGCAUGAUCGUAUGCCGGUGAUCCUAGAUCCCAGCACCGAUGAAGUCAAGAUGUGGCUGGAUCCGAAGAGAAAUAAAUGGUCUAGAGAGCUGCAGUCUCUGUUGAAGCCAUUCCAGGGCGAACUUGAAUGUUACCCAGUUGAUCCGGCUGUGGGGAAAGUGGGCAACAACUCUCCCAGCUUUAUUGUGCCGGUUGACAGCAAGGAGAACAAGAAGAAUAUUGCGAAUUUCUUCGGCGGUGCCAACAAGAAGAAGGCCCAGCCCCAGAUGACCCCUGCCAGCACGGAACAACAAGAAACGAGACAAACGAUCGACCAUGACGGAAGCGAGAACAAUGCCCCUUUGCCUGUGCCUGCCGAUGCAGUCGACGAAAAACAAGGACAGAAGCGUUCAGCGCCAGAUGCUCCAGAAGACAGCCCAACAAACAAGCAAGUCAAACUUUCAUCCCCUCCAGCAAAGGAUUCCACUCCUGUCAAGCCCGCCAGUGGCAAAAAGCCCCGAAGUGCGACCAGCAACAAAGACAUGACCCUGAAAACCAGCCCGUCCAAAAAGGCCGAAGCUGGGACACAGAGAAUAACAAAUUUCUUUACUAAGUGAAGCCAUCAUCAACCUCAUUGUAUACAAUCACGACACCCCUAUCGUGCUAUGUCUACGAGUGUAGCAUGUAUUCCUCGGUGGCCAAUUCUUCUCCGCAGUCUACGUGGAUCCACUUGCCCCCGGCGUCCUUUCGUACCGAGCGCAAAUACCGUGCAACAGACUGAGCAGUGCUACGGAUCUCGGCGAAGCGUUCCCGCUCUUUGCUGUAACGAUAAAGUUUCCGCUCGUUCUCGACGUUCCAAGAUGGCUGAUCCGGUUCAGUCGGAAUAUCAUCCAUCGUUGGCGGGACCGGCUUCCAACCCACUUGAAGAAUGAGAGUUUCCAGUCCCCUCCAUCCUGCAUUCCACUCGGGUCCAAGCGAAGACGAAUCUAGGGACGGGCCCCUCCACUGCAGCGCUCCAAACCAAUCCCCGCAACCGGUCAGAUCCAGCCAUUUCAGACAGUACAGCGAUCUGCUCAAUGUGCGAAGUAUCCCUGCCGCUUCCCUCCAGUUGUUGUCGUACGAGUUGUACAUAUCCGAGCCACCAUAUACAACGGGCGGCGAGCCUGGAGUCCUGACAACUGUUCUGGUGGAUGCUGCGUUGGGCGUAAACGUGGGCUGCGGCCAAUAUGCGAGAGAUAGAGAGGUCAACGUUCUCAGUUCGGUAGCCAGCGACAGGAGAGAGGCCCAUGAGGCUGCCCUGGCAUUAGUGGGAGAGAUUGCCAGCGAGAGAUGGUUCAAAUUCUUGAAGUUUGGCAUAAUCCGAGGUCCUGGGCUUAAGCCCAUGUUUUCUACCUCUUCGUUGUCGUCGAUGGCAUCCCAGCUGUCCGGGAUCGGCGAAGACGAGGGGUUCUCAGACUCUCCUCUUGAUUCUGCGGGGGUCGGCGCAGCAGUCUUCUGGAAGAGUUCUUUUUCCAGUUGUCUGAACGUGGUCCAUGUCCCUAAUCCAUUGCUGAGGUCCAAGCGAUGCACUUCAUCGCGGUCGUCCUGUUCUCCCGCGUCCAGGAACAACGGUUGAAGGGGAUUGAUGGGGACAUCGUUAUACACCGCAAGAUAGCUCAAUAAAGUCUCUUUCAGCGUCGUAGGUAGGAGCCCUAGAUAGUCGUAGUCAUGUUCCGCAUGCCAGGCCCAGUUGGUUGCAAUCUUCCUCAACACCAUGUGCUGGAGUGAGUCAUCCGGUGGGAAGACACCGUCCGGUAGAUUACUUGUUCGGAGCUGAAGUCGACGGUUGUUGCCAUCAGCGUCCGAAGAGCUCACCGACUUGGGUGCAUGGAUACUGUCUGUCAACCAACUGCGCGGCGGCGGAGGCCCUGGGAUUCGGCGCAGACGACUCGGUCCGCUAAAUCUUGUGCCCAGCCUGGGUGCCGGCGGCGGAGGGGCCGGGAGGUCAAGGACUUCUCUUACAGCAGGAGGGAUGGAUGAGGCAUUCGUUACAGGAGGGGGGCGUGAAUCGUUUCUCAGCUGAAGGCGUCGCGACUCGCGAAUGAGAUCGUUGACUGAGGGCUGUGCCGCUGCAUUCUGGGCUCGAGUCCCGGACGACUUGGACAGUGACAAGGUAUGUGGAGUGCUGGAUUGAGGCUUGGUCAAGAG